AUGAACGAUGCGGGUGUAUCAAUGCAGGACGAGCAGCUCCAUGCAGCACAGGAGCUGUCGACAUCGAAGCUGCUGAUCGGUGUAUCUAGCGUAGUAUCGCUGCUAGGAGCGCUGAUGAUGAUCGCGCACUAUCUGGCGUUUCAAGAGUCGCGAAGAUGUGGACGACGGCUACUCUUCUGCUUGCAUUUAGCAGAUGCAGGUGGUGCAUGUGCGUGGCUUCUGGUAUUUCUCGUGCCAAUUCCCGAGCAAGUUGAAGACCCGACAAGUUUUCAGUCACCGAGAAUAUGCAUUGUUCAGGGUUAUUCUCUGGUGUUCUUUCAGCUCGUGUCUUGCUUCUGGACUGGGUGUUUUGCCUUCCACCUCUUCCAACUGUUGGCACGACAGUGCAAAGCGCCAGAAUUAUACGAGGAUCGAUAUCACCUCGUUGCGUGGGGGAUACCUGUUGCCACUGUGGCUCAUCUGUAUACGCAGUCUUGGGCCGGGACAGACCUGAUAGGCGAAAGUGGACGACCUUGGUGCUGGAUACGCUCGUGGAGUGACGAUCAGUGGAGCGAACAAGCCUUCUACGUCCAACUCGCUAUUUUCUACGUUCCAGUGGUGCUUACCUUCUUGCACAACAUCGUGACAUACGUGAUGCUGCUAUACUUAAUGACCGACAGCUUGUCGACAAGUAUGGAGACUCGGAUCCACUAUCGACUUCUGCUCUAUAGCUGGGCCUUCUUCCUCCCAAACGUGUGGGUUGUCUUUGCGUUCGCCUACCAAGCAGUGGUCUCCAAUCAUACACUUGACGCUCCGCUCCUGUAUUUAAUCAGCUUCUUCACUCCGUUGCAGGGAGCAAUGAACACUGUCGCCUACGGAAUCAACCGCACGUUCCGCCAGCGAGUACGGAGCUGUUGUCGGAGGCGAUAG